UGCAACAUGGAUUCUCUGCUUGUUACAGUGGUGGUACUGAAAAUUUUUUGUGUUGCCAAUGGCAAACCUGUUUCGCAAGACAACUUACCAUAUAUCUCUGAAGUGACAGCUACACAUUUUGGGAAAUCGCAAGACUUUAAAGACGUAAAAAUACCGCCUGAACAAAAUAGCAUAAACAACCAACCUCAUUCCUUUAAUUCGACAAAUGAUGGUUCUGGAAAUUAUUAUUUUCAGUUUCGUACGUUUAAUUUACAACGCUAUGAAAUUGGUGAACUGAAAAAUGCAGGAACAGACAACGAAAUUCAGGUUGUUAGAGGCCAGUAUGUUGAUCGAUACAAGGGAAACCGUGGUGAUGUUGUUCGAAAAAUAGGUUAUGUAGCGGAUGAAAACGGUUAUCGCCCAUUUGUCGUAUCUGUAGAUUUUGUUCCAUCGCUUGUUGCUGCAAGUUCUCCCCCACGUCCUGGUGCUCCAGCUGGACCAAAAACAGACAUAUCGUCGGCUGCCUUAGGCAGCUUAAUUGGGGGUAAUUCAGGGUAG